AUGACCGACAGAAAAAGAAAUUUACAAAUGACACCCGACUAUUUUACAGGCAAUGAGGACGUAAAAAAAUUCUUAAAACAAUAUUCUAUGAUAACUGACUUUAAUAACUGGGACGAAAAAGAUAAACUAAAAUUUUUACCAAUGUUUGUAAAAGGAACUGCGAGCAAUUUCUUAGACAAUUUAAAUAAUUUAAAAACAAACUGGACAUGGAAAGAGAUAGAGGAUGCGUUUAUUGAUCAAUAUCUACCUAUUGAUUACACUACCAUUUUAAAGACAAAUUUAGAAAAUAGGAGACAGGGAGAAUCAGAGUCAGCAACAAGUUUCAUGACUGAGAUCGAAAAAAAUCUAAAAAAAUACGAACUUAUGCAACAUAGAAUUAAUAACAGAGGCCCGACAAUUAACAAUUACACUGACUUACUAAAUUUACAAGUGACUAAAUUACAAGAGUUUCAUAAAAAUAAAGAAAUAAAAAAGAACGAGGAACACACUGAAAACUUAUUAUUAAAAAUAGAACAACUUACGGAAGAAGUUAAAAGAAUGAAUAUGCUGGGAAAGAAUACAAAUAGAUCUGUAGAUUUUAGAGAAAAUAGAUAUUAUGACGAUUAUGAAGACAAGAGUUACUAUAGAAAUAAUGAGACAAGAGGCCGUGAUUAUAAUAGAAAUAAAGAUUACUAUAGGAAACCAGAAUAUAGAUACAAAAGUCCAUACCCAGGAAGAUCGCGAGAAUCAAGCAGGGAUUCAAGAAGAUAUAAUAGAAACCGAUCUUUUUCGAGAGAUAAUCAGCGUAGAAAUAGAGAUAGAUCAUAUUCAAGAGAGAGACCAGACUCACGUGAACAAAGUUACACUAGAGAAUCACAAAGAGUAAUUAUAAGAGACAAGAUAGUCGAGAUAGACAAAGCAGAUCGAGGACACCGGAACAAUAUAGAAAUAAAGAUAAACAAAAAGAAAUGA